AGGAAGUGUUUGAAAGGAGUGCUUUGUCAUGUUUUUAACGUCGUUGGAGUUUGUUUCUGAGUGUCCUUACACCGUGUUUAGCUGUUUAUUGAUCGUCGUUUUGUUCUGUAUCUGGACUCGUUUGUGUCAGGUCCCGGCGCUGAUUUGCAGCGAUGCUUUUCAUGAAUUCUUGCUCCAACACUGUCCGUUGGUGUCGGAGCGUUACUGUCCCACUCUGUGGUCGACAUCAAACCAUCGUCUCUGUGUUUCUAAAGUCUGGACCCUCUAUCGAUUAUCGCAAGUAUAGUGAAGCUCCUUCCUUAGGCAUCAUUGUUAAGUACUUUGAGUAUGUGCAUCAGAUGGAAAAGUACUAUAGAAAUUUUGGCUCCGCAUAGUUGGUGGCAUAGCGACCACUUGGUUCAUAUCACUGGAAAACGGCCACUCUAAUUGAAAAUGAAUGACAGCUGGUUGUUGCUCCAUCUGUUGUAGCUAAUGUGACAGAGGGGUGAUGUGGGUCCCAGCCAUGCUUGACAGCAUUGUAAACAAUGCUAUCGGAGUGCCCUCUGCUGGACCAAUUAUUGUUCCAACAGCCAAAGUGUUUUUCUGCAUUGUUUAUUCAGUAAAAUAAAAUAUUUCGGUAAAAGUAACGCCAAAAUAGAUAUGCUGGUGAAUUGUCAUAUCAGCCGAUAUUAUUAGCCAACCAGUUUAUUGGUUGAGCUUGAGUAUUUUUAUAAAAUUUACAUGUUGUUGGGAUUUUUAGAAGCUUGAAUUAUUUUACAAAAAUUUGAUUUUGUAAAAUUAAAAAAAAUAAAAAGUACGAUUUGCUGUGGAACUCACCACUUUGGGUUUCCGGCCCCAGACUGUGGCAUUUGUUGUCGUUGAUAUUCUCAUGUACAGCAUUCUUCUUCUCUUCAUCUUCCAGUGAGCUGAUUCGUACAGCUGAUGGCGGUCAGCUCUCUCUGGACUGGGUGGGCAAUCAUGACAUUGCAGCCUACCCAGAAUCCUCCACGCGUCCUACCGUGCUGAUCCUCCCUGGGCUGACGGGAAACAGCAAGUGGACGUACUCGCGCCUCGCUGUCAGUCAGGCCACUCGGCGGGGUUACAGGUGUGUGGUCUUCAACAGCAGAGGCUGUGGGGAGGAGGAGUUACUGACGCCCGUCACCUUCUCUGCGGCGUAAACCUCAGAUCUUGAGGAUGUGGUGCUCCAUAUCAAAUGUCUUUACCCGAAAGCUCAUCUGCUUGGUGCUGGCGUGUCGUUAGGAGGCAUGGUGCUGUUGAACUAUCUGGCCCGUAAGCGCACGGAGUCUGGGCUGGUGGCGGCAAUCACUCUGUCUGUGUGCUGGGACACAGAGAAGUCCUCCGUCUCCAUGGAGGAACCGCUCAACUGACUCUUAUUCAAUGUGCACCUGACGUCAGCCCUGCACCGGCUUGUCAGCAGGCACAGGAAGAUGUUGGAGAAGGUUGUGGAUGUGGACUUUCUGCUGAAGUCACGUAGUAUCCGUGGGUUUGAUGAACGCUUCACUUCGGUGCAGUUCGGCUACAAAUCUUGUGCAGAAUAUUAUCACGAUGCGAGUCCGGACUACAAGCUCCCCAGAGUUACGGUGCCCCUGCUGUGCCUCAAUGCAGCUGACGACCCCUUUUCCCCAAAAAUGGUGUGCCGGGUUUGAGGACCUGAUCCAUGUGGCCUUGGUAGGCAGGACGGACGCUGAACUUCUUUUUUGAUUCUCAGACAGACUACAGUCAUGGAGAAGCAGCUGGAGGAGCUGAAGCAGCAGCUCCAAAAGCAAUGCAUGAUCAACCAGGAGCUGCAGAGACAAAACAAAGACCUGGCAAAACGACUCCAGGAGAAAGAAAAACUCCUGCAGGAGCUCAACACUGAAUACCAGGACCUGGAAUUUCCUCCUCAGAGCGGCCAUGAGCUUGAAACAGGGUUCAGGACGAGUCGUGCGGCCGUAAUAGCCCCAGAACCGAUCCCCGAGACCCUGAUCAUCACACGCACCAAGAUCAAAAAGACUGCCAGCGAGACAAAUCUGAUUGUCAAAGCCAUCAAGGAGAACGACUUCCUGAGUCGACUCGAUGACGAGCAAAUCGACAUGAUGGUGAAUCUCUUAGUGGUGGGCAACUUCACCCCCGGACAGGAAGUGAUCAAAGAGGGCUCUGAAGGCGACACCAUGUACAUCGUGGCAUCCGGUGAGCUUUGUGUCACUCAGGCAGGCUGUGAGCUCCGAACCCUCACGAGUGGCAACGUGUUUGGGGAGUUGGCCAUUCUGUAUGACUGCAAACGGACAGCAACUGUCAAAGCAAAGACUAUGGUGUGGUUGUGGUACAUGGAGAGACAGACGUACAGGACCAUCAUCGCCAUCAAGUCCAAGAAGAGACGAGAGCAACUCAUGGGCUUUUUGAAAACAUCUCAUACUCUGAAGGACCUAAACGAUGCGCAGUUGUCCAAAAUCAUUGACUCCAUGGAGGAGGUGAAGUAUCGUGACAAAGAUGUUAUAGUUCGAGAAGGAACUGAAGGCAAUACGUUCUACAUCAUCCUGAAAGGCGAGGUCCUCGUCACGAAGAACGUGAAUGGCCAACAGAAGCAGAUUCGCAGGAUGGGAAAAGGGGAGCAUUUCGGGGAGCAGGCCCUCAUACGGGAAGUGUUGAGAACGGCCACGUGCACGGCUGACGGCCCCGUUACCUGCUUCUUCAUCGACAAGGAGAUCUUUGAAGAGACGAUUCCCAUAGAACACUUGGUGCUUUUUGAUGAUUCCAAAGUGAUGCAGGAAGCGCGUGCACCAGAGAAGUUGAGUGUCAGCUCCACCCUGAACUUCAAGGACCUAAUUCCUGUGCUGUACCAGGAAGGUCGGCACCAAGGAGAUCCCGUCACACUUGGAGUUGGAGGGUUCGGCCGUGUCAUGCUGAUGACCACUCACAGCCACGGCAAAUAUUAUGCCAUGAAGCGAGUCAGCAAGAAACAUAUUGUUGCUAAGCAACAGCAGGAGCACAUGUUGUUUGAGAAGAAGAUCCUAAAAGCGACGCACUGCAACUUCAUCGUCAGGCUUCAUGCAGCCUUCAAAGACACACGAUACAUCUACAUGGUGAUGGAAUUCUGCAGUGGCGGCGAGAUCUGGACCAAACUCAAGGAAGUAGGGCGGUUUGAUGAGGUCAUUUCUGUGUUCUGCACUGCCUGUGUGGUGGAGGCCUACUCCUACCUCCACAAGAAGAACAUCAUGUACAGAGACCUGAAGCCUGAAAACCUGAUGUUGGACGGAAAGGGCUACAUCAAACUGGUAGACUUCGGUUUCGCCAAGGAGUUGAUACGCAGUCAGAAGACUUACUCGUUUGUUGGAACACCGGAGUACAUGGCUCCAGAAAUCAUAAAGCAACAGGGUCAUGACUUUGCAGUUGACUUUUGGUCCCUUGGCAUCCUGAUCUACGAGCUGCUGGCGGGAAGUCCUCCAUUUUCAAGUUCUGACCCUCAGAAGAUUUAUCCCAAGAUUCUGGACGGGGUCAUCAAGUAUCCGCCGUAUAUGAGCGAGGCGGCCAAGUCCAUCAUCAGCAAACUCUGCAGGCCGCGGCCGGGUCAAAGACUGGGAAACACAAAAAAUGGAAUCAAAGACAUCCGACAUCACAGGUGGUUCAGCACGAUGAACUGGCACAAGCUUCGCAUGGGUCAGCUCGAUGCUCCUACAAUCCGGCUCAUACGCAAGGGACCCUGCUACAUCAACUUUGACCGUUUUCCUCAUGACCAGACCAAGGCUGAGGAGGAGUUCUCCGGUUGGGAUCGUGAAUUCGGAGAUUAACUGAUUAAAUGCCACAGGAGCGACUGACGUAGCCCCAAAAUGGAUCCAAAUCAAAAUAGUACCAGGUGGAGCCAACAAGGAAGGCUAUCAAUACAAUAUUUAAAGACACGAUCACCUCAUCCUGGAAUGUCGUUAUCGAGGUCCCGGCUCCACCCUGUAUUUGCAAAAUGUGUUUUUAUUCCAGAGUAAAUCUGACAUUUCUAUGUUUAUGGAAGUGAUCUCAGGCCCUUUAUUAGUGAGUCUUGGAUAUAUGUUUGUGUUUUUUUUAUUAUUAUUAUUUGUCCGAUCCACCCAUUAGUCAUUAUUUAAGAACAGUUUCUGGUUCAUCCCUUUUAGCAGGCACCAAACGGGACCACCCGACGGCCUGUGGCGCAGCAUGCCAUGUCGUGAUCAGGGUGUGUUGGGUCCAGUCAGGUUCUUUUGGCACAUUAUGGAGAUGUACUCAUACAUCUCGACACAUAGCAAACACAAUAGUAACGACCUGUCAGGUUGGUGUCAUUCUGUGUCCGGUCCUCCCAAAUGACGCCGGCUUUAAGGUAAACCCUCGAUAUGUAACGGUACUGAAUGUACUCCAGACCAGGAUGAACGUUUUCACCCAGUUUCACUAAAUUCUAUUUUUUAGUAACUUGGCUUUUCUUGCCAAAACAGACUUUUUAAGGCUGUGCUGCUACCACCUGUUUUUCUGGACCUGCCCCUUCACUUUCUGGAAUCUGACCCUGGAUCAGCCUGAACUGUUUGCCAAGUUUCCAAAAAAAUCAUUUGAAUAAAUUUUCUAUUUUGCA